AUGGCAACACAUAUCGGUGGAGAAGACGCGAAGAGUUCAUUCAGCUACGAGCACUGCCAAACGGCAGCAAUCGUAUCAACGCUGUGUGUGCAGUGGUUCUUCUUGAUCGUGAUACAGAAUAUCGGAUUCGGUUUUGGAGCGCUAUAUGCUACCGAUGAUCUGGAGGAAAAAAUGACUGAGGCAUUCUUGCCAAACGUCCGUGAAGCGAUCGACGACUGCCAUCUGCGAUACUACAGGCUGGGAUACGGAGCGGAAGUCGCGCCUGCUGCCGGUAGGAAAUCCUAUUUGCGCGAGUUUGCACACAUGGCAGCGGUUGGAUGGACUGGAAGCGAUGGUAAAAUCCGUUGGGACUGCGGCGGAUCGCUGAUUUGGGAGAACUACGUACUUACUGCAGCUCAUUGUGUGGAGGAUGAUGCCAACAUUCCGCCCGAUGUGGUUCGCCUUGGAGAUAUCAACCUAUACGACGACACGGACGAUCAAUACGCACAGCAGCUAAAGAUCGUUGAAAUUGUACGUCAUCCUGAGCAUCGCUUUGGCUCGCGCUACCAUGAUCUUGCCCUGCUGCGGCUAGAAAAGAACGUCACCUUGCAUGACACGGUAGCACCGGGAUGCUUGUGGAAUGAUGAGAAGGAAAUACCUUUCCCUACGAUGGAAGCCACUGGUUGGGGAGCAACUGGGUUCGGUGAGAAAUCUACACCGAUCCUUCUGAAAGUAUCACUCGGAGUAGUCAAACCGGAAGAAUGUAAUAAGCACUAUAAGGUAGGCGAUCGCAAACUGAAGCAAGGACUUAUGAACUACCAUUUGUGUGCCGGUGAUGUCAAAAUGGAUACUUGUCCCGGAGACUCAGGAGGUCCACUGCAGAUGAAGCUACUGCACAAUGGCAAGAUGACUCCAUUCGUUGUGGCCGUUACUUCUUUUGGGGGCGUAUGUGGUCAAUCAAUUCCUGGCGUUUACAUGAAGGUAGCUCCUUACAUUCCCUGGAUAAGCGCAGAGCUCGCAAAACGUGGAGAGAUCAUAAGAGAUUAUAGUUUCAAGCCAGAUGCCUGUGCACUGCGUUAUGUUCACCUGAGAGAGUAUGAAGACGAUGUAGUAAAACAUACAACGGAUGGUCGUGAGAUUUUAAACUUCAAUAAUUUUCAUAUGAACUUAAGGGACUCUACGCAAACUGUCUCAGUUCACUGGCCAGCUGACAGCUCACCGGUACCCUCAAACUGUAAUGGUGUUGUGAUUGAUGAGGAUACUAUAGUUACACUGGCCCGUUGUGCCAUCACUGGAAGAAAUCAACCUUCGCACAUCAUGCUCAGGAACACCCGGAACGAUAUUGUCCGUGUUUAUCGGCAUCCGGACUACAGACCUAACUCCUUCUACAAUGAUAUCGCCAUUUUAAAGGUGAAGGAUCGGUUUACAUUCUCCCAAGAUUUUGUCCCGGCAUGUAUUUGGAGUGCAUAUAACCUACCUAAUCCUCGAUUUUACGUUACUGGUCAAGGCCGCUAUGAUUUGAAUACAUUAACAGGCGAUCCCAACGAAACUAAUCGAACAAUUGUUCAGUUGUCGCCUAGGGCCGAUAUACUAGACAUUGGCAACUGCACUUUACCAGAGGAGUAUUCUAGUAGACUUGGCCGUGGUGUAACAACUGAGCAUUUGUGUUUCGGAAAUAAACUCUUCUUGGUACCGGACUCGUGUGAAAUGCUAUACGGAGCACCACUGAGGCGAAACAUUUGGCGUUUUGAACGUCAUUUUGAGCACAUAUAUGCGCUGAAUCUACUUGGCAAAGAUUGUGGUUUCGGCCGAGCAGCACUUGGGAUCCGAUUAAGUUAUCACUCCGAAUGGCUCAAGUCGGUGCUGCUUCCCAACUACCGCUAUGAGUCACACUCAGUGCAGUUCCUUAAUACGGAUUUGAACGAUUUAGAUCAGUGUACGGGAACAGAUGGAAGUACCGGGCUGUGCGUUAACAUAAACCGAUGUCCUAAGAUACGCUACGAUGUGCAAGCGAAACGUAACGUUCAGUUCUGCAAUGGUGGUACGAUCGUGUGCUGUCCAUAUGAUAACAUACGAAAUGAAACUAGCACCAGCAUGAGCGCCUCAGAGUUGGAUGAUUGUGAAAGCCGCUACAAACAGUUCCACGAAAUGUAUGAAUCAUAUCAACCGGAUCGAAUUGAUCACUUUUAUCAUACAGUAUACCUCGGCUGGAAGACCAAGGAUGGCUCAACGGAAUGGAUAUGCUCUGGUACACUGAUCACACGAAGUAUCGUCGUAUCAUCUGCUUACUGCCUGAUGGCGAACGGCAAUUUCCCCACUCUAGUAAAUGUAGCCGAGGGUAAUCCCAAUGCCACCUGGUCGCGCCCAAAGCCAGUCGGUAUCAAGGAAGUGAUCAUUCAUCCGGGUUACAAUGCAACAACCCUUCAGUACGAUAUUGGAUUGGUGCGCUUGGUGCAACCAAUCGUUCCAACAGCCCGCAAAUACCCGAUCUGUUUGUGGCAGAACGAGACGCACACACCACUGGUGCUGUACCGAAUGGCGGCAGAUGAAACAAUGUCCAACUUUGAAUUAAACUUCCCCAAGUACAAUUCCGACUGUAGUCAACACCUUCGACAACUUGGUAGACGUGAGCUCCAGUCGAACGAACUGUGCACCGACAUCGAUGAUACCCCACAACGCAGCAUUUCCGGAGGUCCACUCGUCUGGUAUCAUAGAAAUCUGAAUGAUAACUCUUCAACCCAGUAUCUGGUGGGCACUAUUAGCUCUACUAUAUCGGCCCAGCGGCUUGGAAUACACGUUAGAAUCUCCUCAUAUAUCGGCUGGAUCAAGAGCAUCGCAUUUGGCUAG